CCACCCUGCCUUUCCCUCUCUUCCUCCAUUCUCUCUAUUAGUCCUCACACUUCAUGACCACAGUCCCCAGUCACAUCACUAUCACGGCUAUUGUUCCCAUACCUCCCUCUACAAGCAAGCACUACCUCUUCAAUAGAAAGGCACCAUUGUGCCCACACCUCCCUCACCUCAUCGUCAUUCACCAGUCACAAUGACGACCAACGAAACGGGUGUCCGCGCCGACAGUGUGACCAAUUCAUCCCUCAUCGUCGAAGCCGAAGACAGCAAACCCAAAUUCUCCGAAAAGGAGCUGCAACUCCUGGUCGCAGCCAUGCUCUCCCUGAAAUCCGGCGCUCCCGAGAUCGACAUCCACCGCUUCCAAACCAACGGGAAAUUCAACACGCUCAAAACGGCGCAGAACACCUGGGGUGUGCUGAAGAGGAAACUCGUCAACACUACCGCCACCAUGAACAACACGAAUGCUGCCGAGAACAGAGAACAGCCCACCACGCCUUCGUCCGGCAGCACUGCGGCGAGGGAGAGCAAGACAACCCCGAGGAAGACCCCUACCGCAAGUCGCAAGCGCACUUCCGUCGUCGGCAAGAACAUCAAGACGGAGGAAGACGGCUCGGCGGAGAUUUUCAUCGCGGAUGACGAGGUCGCUGCGAAUGGCUAUGCCUAUGGCGAUGCCGAGGAUGAAGGCGAGGAAGAGCAGGCUUCUCCGAAGAAGAAGUCCAAGGUCGUCACUACUCCGCGUAAGACCAAGCCUGCUCCUGCUGCUGCCGGUAAUACUCCUAAGAGUGGUGGCAAUAAGACGAAGAAGGGCAAGGGGAAGAAGGCUGGUGAUGCUGAUGAGGUGAUUCCUCCGACGGAGAAUGGAGAUGAGCUCGAGGGUCAAGGUCAAGGCCAUGAGGGCGGGGAGGUGGGAGUGAAGGAGGAAGUUUUGGAUGAUUUUUAAUUAAAAGUGCGUCAUGCGGCGGAGCACUUGGAUCGGUCGGUGUUUUUUCCCUUUGAAGAAGAGAGAGAGAGAGAGAGAAUUUGGGGUUCCAAUGAAGAAUGGAUUUUGGGAAGCGAGAUU